UAUAAAGUAUUGAGAACAUUAAAAUUAAAUUAUUCAACGCGCUGGUGUAAAGUGACAUGUACACACUUGGCCUUUCAUGCGUUCUCGUGUAUAUAAACACUAACAAAUGUAAUUCACAAGUCAUAAAUCAAAAACAACAAUAAACACCAAAACCUCUGUUUCCUUCUCUUCAUCUGCUCUCUCUGAGUCUCAAUUCCAAAAUACUAACAAUGGAGGCAAUGAAGAUGAAGCUUUCCAUAGCGAUUUUGGUUGCAUUGAUAGUGUUUUCUGCGGUUCAACAGUCGGCUGCAGCGGUUGACGCUCCUGCCCCGAGCCCUACCUCCGAUGCAUCCUCGUUUAUCCCUACUUUCUUCGCCUCCGUGACGGUUUUGGCCUUUGGAUUACUCUUUUAAGAAGUUUUUUCCCCUUCUUAUAUUUUAAGUGAAUUAAAUAAAAUCAUUUGUUUGUGUCUCGUUGAGUUCUUGACAUCUUGUUGAUUUUAUGUCUUGAGUUUGAUCUAUUUCUUCCAUGUAACGUUAUUAAAAAUGACUCAUCCUAAUAUCUGUAAUAAUCAUUUUUCCGCUUUUGAUAUA